AUGUUGGCAGAAGGUGGAGGCGGUGGAGAGAGUCCGCGGCUGCCACGGCGACAGCGAAAUGGCGGAGAAGGCGAUCACCAAGCCCCAGAGAACCUGAAUGACGCCUACAGACCGCCCAGCUACUUCCUGGAGAUCCACGUGAGCAACCCGCAGGCUGUGGGGGUGGGCCGGGGCCGCCUCACCACCUACGAGAUCUGGGUCAAGACAAAUCUUCCUAUCUUCAAGCUGAAGGAAUCUACUGUUAGAAGGAGAUACAGUGACUUUGAAUGGCUUCGAAGUGAAUAG